GCAACAGCACGGGGUACACGCACAGUCGCAUUUCGUUUAUUCCUUGCUUUUCGCCACUGCCUUGCCUUGACCAGAAUUCUCGAGAGCAAUCCGCAUCUUUGCAUGUGAUUUAACCAUCACUUGUGGUUAGACAGGAUUUGAACUGUGGCCGGCCGCUGUCCAGCUCACUGUAUCUCGGAUUCCUGAGGCUCCCAAGCCUGGGCGAUCGAGUUCAGCGAUUCCAGCGCCUCAAGAUCGAGUCGGCCGUUCACAUGAGUGAUGGUCACCUACUGCUCCUGGACAACUCAUCUCGGAACAGCCCUUAAUUGAACCCUUUUGAAUAAUCCGCGUUUUAUCAAAAUGCCGCGUUACACAAACAAAGGAAAUAACAACUGGAAACGCCAGGGCCACAACAAGCCAGCAGGAUAUUAUGAUCCAAAACUGGUUGACUCUUUUGCAGACCAUGGCAACCGUCAGGGCGGAGGAGACCAUGGCAACCGUCAGGGAGGAGGAGACCAGAACCGUCGAGUUUCGUUUCCAAAGUCCAACCGACUGAACAAGCACAGCCGCAAGGACUACCGAAAGCUGAAGGAGCGGCUGCUGAACGAUGAAGACUUCCAGAUGUCUGGCGAGGGUACGAGCCAGCGGCGAGGCGGUUUCAACAGGCACGGCAAGGGCGGCCGCAGCUUCCAAGGGCCGGGCAAGGGCCGGCUUGAGAACCACACGGGCUGGUUCCGUGCCCUGAUCAUCAAUGGCGCCAGCCAUGACAAGAGUUUCCUCUUGGCCAGCCUCAAAAAUUUCGUUGCGCCUACUGAGCUUAUUCCCAUCUAUUACCAAAUUGAGGAGCACGAUUCAUUUUUCUACAUCGACGACUAUGCAGCUGCUGAGGCUGUGAUGCGGGCUGACAAACAGAUGACUCUCACUGGUGACACCAAGGUUUUUAUCCGAGUUUCACCUUGCACACCAAAAGUCGCUCUCACAGACAGAUUGAAGGAGAAAAUAAAAAUGGUCAUGGUGUCCAGAUACAACACAGAAACGAAAGCACUCGAUCUUACAAGAUUUCACGCUGACCCGGAGCUUGUAGAGGAUUCCUGUUGUGCCAUUUCACGGCCGCCUGUGAUGUCUGUCAUCCUCGAGGUCAUCGGAGAGCACAUCCCCACUCUUCAAGCUUUGAAUCUUGACCAUAACUGCAUGAGUGUCACCGAGACUCUGAGCAGCCUGGCGAGAAGAGCACCACAUCUUCAAAUUCUUUAUCUUGGAAAGAACAGAUUCACGGGCCUCAAUUCGCUGAAUAUCAUUAAAGGACUUCCCCUCAUAGAACUUAACCUGGAGGGAAACAUUCUCUGUCGGAAAUUCGACUCCAAGACUGACUAUAAAAGUGCUGUGCAGAAAAUGUUCCCCAAACUUGUUAGACUAGACGGUGUGGACUUGACCCCUGCCAUCGGAUUCGAUCUUGAGGAGAAGAAGGUCGACCUGCCUGAGUCGCACAGCAGCUUUUUGUGCUCAGAGGAAGGCAGAGACAUUACUCUUGAAUUUGUCAAGCAGUACUUUGGCUUAUACGACAGCAUAGACAGAUCGGGCUUGAUCAACGCCUACCACGACACAGCAGUCUUUUCACUCACCACUGCGUACAACACUCCACCCACUCAACAAAACGCAACUAGAUUGAACGACUACCUUAGCCAUAACAGAAAUUUGAAGCGGGUGAAUGGCCACGAUAGGAGAGAGGAACUGAUCAAGAAAGGAAAAACUGAGAUUUCAGAGUUCCUGUGCACGCUACCGCGCACGCAGCACGACCCAGCCUCCUUCACGCUAGAUCUUUCCAUCUUUAAUGCCAAGCUGAUGCUAAUCUUCAGCUUAACGGGCGUAUUCAAGGAGCCUGACGUGAAGGGCGAACCGCACCGGCACUUCUACCGCAAAUUCGUGCUGCUACUCUCUGAUGCAGGCGUCGCUAUCGUGAAUGACAUGAUGCAUGUGACGAACGCUACGCAGAACCAAAUCAAAAAGUGUUUUGUGGCGGUGCCGCUGCCGGUGGCUGCAGUCGCCCCCAAGCCUCCAGUCGCGGCCAUUAACCAGUUGGAGGUGGUGCAGAGCUUUUCCGCGCAGACAGGAAUGAACACUGAAUGGUCGCAAAAGUGCCUAGAGGAAACCGCCUGGGACGUGCCAAGGUCGUUAGAAGUUUUUACAAGGUUGAACCAAGAAGGGAGGAUCCCGCAAGAAGCAUUUAUCAAGAUUUAAAUGGACACAAGAUAUGUUUGAAAGGACUAUUAAAUGAGCGAUGAUUUUGACUACAAGUUGUAUGUUUGCGAGUAUAAUUUAAAUGAACGCACCAACCUGAGGUUUGUGUACUUUAUGCGAGUGAAUAAUAAUUUUAUACGGAGCCA